AUGUAUAUGAAAUCAAAAUUCCCUUUUAGACACAUCAUUGAAUUUAAACAGGAUGUUGGAAAUGAUUUAAUUACAAGGGAAUUAUGGGGUGGUGCAAGUGGAGUUUAUACCGAUGAUUCUGAUCUUUUACAAGUAUUGAUGCAUUUAGGUUUAUUUAACAAUAGUAUCGAUUUAUCCAUAUGGAAUGAGAAUUGGACUGCUAGAGAUUUAAUUAAACCUUUGAAUGUCAUGGAGGACAAAGAAUCAAUGGGUAUAGAUAAAGGAAUUUAUGGGGAUUUAUCUGUCGAGAUAUUGUUAUUACCUAAUUUACCCAAAUAUUAUGGAUUCUUUCAAAAUGGUAUAAAUUCGAGAUCUUGGUUAGAUCAAAAUCAUCACUCUGGUCUAAGUUAUGCUGUAUAUAAUGUCAAGUGGGAAACCAAAGGAAGUUAUUUAAGACAUGAGUCAAUAUUUAAAAGAAGCGAAUUAGAGUCUCAAUAUGAUCAAUUAUAA